CGCUGUGCAUGAAAUAGGAUCGAAGCACUCUCUUUGUUUCAAUUAUUAAACUGUGGAUUAAAAUAAGUGUUUUGUACAAAAAGUCAUAGUUUUUGCUAUCGAAUCGUGAGAAUAGAUUGCAAUCAAAAUAUACAAUUUAAGUGAUUCACAGGGCGAAACAAACAUUAUUUUGAAUAAUUACGUCAUUCCUGAUGCAUUCGCCAAACAGUUGUUCCAAACGUGUUUCCCAUGUACAGUCAAUUGGGUUUCCCGUCAUCGAAAGUGUUGCUACGUUUGGCGAGGUGAUGUUUGCCCAGAAGUCCGCAAUUAAAUUAUUUUUCACCGAUACAGUUAACGAAUGAACCGGAAUAAAAGACAAAUCUAGUGACCGGAGAUGGUUUCGAUCGAUGUCUACAACUUUCAGAUUUGGAGGAAAGUGCACACUGCUCAACACAAUAUCGAAUAUUCUCCAUCUCUUUUAAUGUGGGGUGGGCUUCUAUUUGCGUUAAUUUCUUGUCUGAUAUUUUUUGGAAAUGUUUUGAAUGCCGAUGAAAGGAUUGAAAGGAAUGACAACCUAAUAUUUGUGGGACACAACAGACUGAUUAUGAACGUAGCUAAUGUUACCAACAAUAACCUACGAGAGUUUGACCUCAACUGGGACCUGCGGCGGCAUCCCGUUUGGAGCAAGAUUAACACUUCCCGCACGGAUCUGAUCCGUCUCCGAGCUGGACACGUAUAUGGCCAGAUGUGGUACGUCGGUGCAAACUGUACCGAUUCUCCCUCGGAAGCAACACAAAGAGUAUUUGAACAAAUCGACACACUAAAUCGUUUGAUCGAAAAACACCACCAUGAUCUUUCGCGGGUCACAUCCCUAACUCAGAUAGUGGAUCCUAUUAGGCAGGGAAAAAUAAGGUCCCUGAUCGCUGUGAAAGGCGGACAUACGAUCAACUCGAAGCUCGGACUGUUACGCUCACUGUACGCACUCGGCGUAAGAUGUAUGUCCCUGGCAUCGGAACAAAAUUGCUGCAACUGGGUUGACUCAGCCCUCGUUGACAUCGUGGACAUCGAUUCUACCCAACUGAGAACGGAUCUUUCCCUUUGGGGACGCCUGGUUGUGUGGGAAAUGAACCGUCUCGGUAUGAUCGUGGAUCUGUCGUACGCAAGCUACGGGGCAGCAUUGGAUGUGCUGCGGUACAGCCGGGCCCCGGUCAUUUUCAGCAAUGCCGGGGCGUACGCUAUCAACAAGCACCAUCUAAACGUAAAGGAAGACGUACUGAUCCCGCUUGCCACACAGGGAGGCCUUAUUAUGAUAACCUUCGACCCGGAGAUUCUGGGAGGAUACACACUCGAUAAUGUGCUUGAACAUCUGAACUACCUGAGGGAAGUCAUCGGAUCGGAUCACAUCGGAAUUGGGAGUGGAUUUGAGAGCUUCGAUGGCGCCAUCGAUGGGUUGAAGGAUGUGUCCAUGUUUCCAAACCUGUUCAACGCCCUCCAGCAAGGAAAGUACGCCGAUGGGGAAACAUUCCAACCAUGGUCCGAAGAAGAACUUAAUAAACUUGCAGGAGUAAACUUUCUGCGCGUGUUCGACGAAGUAGAGCUGGUGAAGCUGCAACUCUCGCACGAGCAACCGUUCGAAGACGAUGACUCGGAAGAUGCGAUAGAUUAAAAUAAAAUUGUUUAUAGUCGAUCCGUGUAA